AUGAAUCAAAACACUCACAAAUCAAGCAUAAUAUCCUCAUUUUCCUCGCCGGUAGCAACAGAGACCUCCUGGAGUUUGACGAUCGGGGCAAUCGGGGCCCCUGUGUCCUCGUCUUCAGCAGAUGGCUUCGAGUCAUCUUCUUCUUCUUCUUCCUCUUUCUUCAAGGCCGUGGGCUCGGUAGUGGUUGCCAUAGCCGUGCGGAGACGAACUGGACGGAAAAACUGUGUAGACUCUAAUGUGGCUUGUGUCGAUGCUGAUGGAUUCACAAUUUCUGGUAAAAACUUCAUUAUCCUUGCCUGGUCGAAAUCGAACCAGAAUCUCAUUUCCAGCUCUAAUGCUGUUGUGAAAUAUCUGAACGUGUUGUUGAGUAAGGCAUUGACUGAAGAUGUAUUGUGGAGUAUAUAUAUAUAUAUCCUUGCCCGGUCGAAACGAACCAGAAAUGUGGGACAAGCAGAUCAUGCUAAAUGUUCA